CUGGCUAUUCUGGACAACUUGGAUUGACUGCUGGCAACGCAGCAAGCUACAAUGGAAAAUCUACGGACUUUACUGGGAGCCAGAGGUAGAUUGAAGGCAACAAUUACUCGUAUUUCUGGAUAUGCGGAGCAUCCACCUGAGGGCUGCACCUUCUACGAUAUUGAUACAAAAUUGGACACGCUGGUUCAAGUUUGGAAGCAGUUUGUCAACCUUGGUGACGAACUUUAUAAAUAUGAAGAUGUGCAGGGAUAUGUCGAUCCAGCAAGUGACAACAAUGUAUAUGAGGAGCGCUUUGAACGAGCUUGUGCUCUUCUUAAGACACUGCACGCUGAGUACAAACCCCACAAACUGGAAGAAGCCAAUACCACAUCUAAUGUACAUGGGGAAGUAGAUAAUUCGCCCAUCCAAGGCAUUUUACAACAAAUACAGCAACAGUCUCAUAUACAAAUACAACAAUUACAGCAACAGUCUCAGAUGCAAAUGCAACAAAUGCAGCAGAUGCAAAUGGAGACUAUGGAGGCCUUAAUGCAACGACUGCUACCACGGCAGGUGGAUAACGAGUCACCGUCAGGCUCACAGCAAGGCGCAGGACCAUCAGUGAAGGAUUGGGAACUGCCACGGAUUCAUAUCACACCAUUUGAUGGAGAUUAUAAAGAAUGGCACGCAUUUAAGGGUCUAUUCGACAGUGCCGUUCACAGCAAGACAACGUUGACGAAUAUCCAGAAGUAUCAUCACUUAAAAUCUUGUUUAAAAGGAGAAGCUGCGAAACUUAUUCAGCAUCUGCCCUUAGCCGAUGCCAACUAUGAAGUAGCUUGGAAUUCAUUAGUUGACCGGUACGAGAAGCCUCGCUAUUUGGUAAACGUGUUGUUGCAUACAUUUACUGGACUGCCCAAGGUUGCGGAUCAAAACCCAGCAUCGCUUCGAUCGCUAACAAACGAAGCUGGUACCGUAAUUCGGGCAUUAGACGCCUCUGGACUAACGGAUCGGGAUUGUUGGCUGAUUUACUUGCUCAUGGCAAAGGUUGAUGACACCACACGUCGUGAAUGGUACGAAAAGAGUCAAGAUAUAGCAAAUCCUACGAUAACGCAGUUGCUCAAGUUCCUGGAUGCACGUUGUGAUCGGCUGGAGCUCAGUCAAUCUGCAACUACGACAAGCAGCAAGCCUAGACAGGACAGAGGUACCAGGAACGCACAUGCGCUACUCGCCACUUCAGAGCGCUGUGCAAAGUGCAACAAGGAACACGCAUUGAUGGCAUGUACACAAUUUUUGGAUUUAUCUAUUCAGCAGCGAUAUGCCUUUGCAAAGUCCAAACACAUGUGCUUUAAUUGUUUGAGACUUGGCCAUGGAGUGAGCGCUUGCACAUCGAAGUCAUCUUGUAAGCAUUGCAAGCGCCGACAUCACUCACUCUUGCACUUCGACCAACGUAACACUAAGGACAAAGAUGACCCACAGCAACAUCAGCAGGAUGAUUCAAAUGAGGCACCAGGUGCUAGCACAGUAGUAGCACUGACGAACGCCGUUAAUACUUCAAAAGGUGGCAAGGGUGCAAAUAUGAGAAGUACACUGCCAACGGCUCAGGUGUAUGUGCGCAAUUCUCGAGGACAAGACGUUGUUUGCCGCAUAUUGUUGGACUGCGGCUCGGAGUUGUCCUACGUUUCGGAACGGUGUAUCCAGACAUUGGGUCUGGCCCGUUCACACUCUCGCAUCUCUAUAUCUGGAAUAUCAUCAAUCAAGGCAGAAACAACAAGAGGGCUCUGUUCACUACACAUCAAGUCGCGAGUGUCAGAUGCAUCUCUUGUGGUCAAGGCACACGUGCUUGGAAACAUUACUUCGACACUGAUGAGAGAAACUAUAAAUGCAGCAGACCUCUCUAUGUUUAGCGGCCACACCCUGGCAGACGCCGCAUUUAAUACCAACGCUUCAAUCGACAUUUUGCUUGGCAACGAUCACAUUUGGACGGUUCUUACUGGAGAUAAGUUGUGUAAUCUUCAGGGGAACACAAUUGCUAUUGAUUCAAUAUUUGGAUGGAUCAUCACAUCAGUGGCAGGAGCGUGUACAACUACAACUACGUCACUCCUAGCUACCAUGGACAUCAACACAUUGUUGCAACGGUUUUGGGAACUGGAAGAACUUCCAUCGUUCACGUCUGCCAAUAAAGAAGAUGAGUUAUUGGAGACUCAUUUCGUCCAAACACACUCCCGUAAUGCCGAAGGGAGAUACAUCGUCGAGCUACCAUUUAAGCAAGGAAACCCAGAGUUUGCAGACACCUAUCAUGGAGCCAAGUCUCGCUUCUUGGCAGUUGAACGUCGUUUAAUGAGGGAUGCAGUUUUACGAUCGAAGUAUGUGCAAUUUAUGAGGGAGUACAUACAACUGGAUCACAUGAAAGAGGUGGAUGCAGAAGAAGACGCCACUUCGAAAAAGGUUUUCUACAUGCCGCACCAUCCAGUGCUAGGUGCAAAGCUGCGUGUGGUAUUUGAUGGCUCAUUUCAAGACCAAGAUGGUCGGUCUCUAAACGAUGCGCUUCAUAUUGGUCCAUGUAUACAACGCAAUCUCUUCAACGUAUGCAUGAGGUUUCGAAUGCACAAGUUUGUAUUUUCGGCUGAUAUUGUGAAGAUGUUUAGACAAAUUUUGGUUGCAUCUAAACAUCAGGACUUUCAACGAAUAUUAUGGAGAGAACAUCCAUCAGCACCAUUGAAACACUUCAAACUCUGCACAGUUACAUACGGGACUGCGUCUGCGCCAUUCCUCGCAGUCCGGGUGUUAGAACAACUUGCCAAGGACCACGAGCAUGAGUUUCCUAGAGCAGCUAAGAUAUUACUUGAGGAUUUCUACGUGGACGAUGUAUUAACAGGAGCCAUGACAGAGGAAGAACUUAUAAACAUUCAAACUGAGCUGGUUGCACUCAUGUCACGUGCGCAAUUGGAAUUGGGAAAAUGGAUCUCAAAUAGCACACGUCUAUGCACCGCGCAAGGUGAUAGAGGCAACAUGUCAACAGCAACAUCUAAGGUAUUAGGACUACAUUGGGAUCCUGGAGAAGACAACCUUGCAUACAACAUUGUAUUAUCGGAGACUGCAAGCUGUACAAAGCGACAAGUGCUAUCCGAUGUAGCACACAUUUUUGAUCCUCUGGGCAUUUUGGCACCAGUGGUAGUCCAAUUCAAGAUUCUACUGCAAGAACUUUGGUUGCUUGAUUUGGAUUGGGACUCUGAACUUCCGAUGAAACAGGCGCACUCUUGGCAGAUAUAUCGCAAGGACAUUUCGUCGCUACAACAGCUCAAGAUACCUCGCUUCAUAGACAGUCACAUGGAUCACAUCGAGUUACAUGCAUUCUCAGACGCUUCGCUUAAGGCAUACUCUGCGGUCGUCUACAGCAGAGUUGAGUAUAGUGACGGCUCUAUAGGAGUAUAUCUUGUUGCUGCUAAGACUCGCGUCGCACCUUUAAAACUAGCAACGCUGCCACGCCUCGAGCUGUGUGGAACUCUACUGCUGACUAGACUUGUUAAGGCAAUUCAAGCUAGUUUGGGCAAGAAGGAAGUGAAGGUAUAUGCAUGGUGCGAUUCUACAAUCGUAUUGUCCUGGCUGUCAAAUCAACCCUGUAAAUUGAAGAUGUUCGUAGCCAAUCGUACGGCAGAAAUACUUGAGACAAUCCCACGGGACGCUUGGAGGCAUUGGAAGGGACCGUCCUGGCUACAUGAUUCCCAGGAGUGUUUGGAGAUGCUUCGACGAUCAAAAUUCUGCUGUUCUAUCGUGCCGCCAGCAGCAGAAGCGGAAUUCAAGGCCAAUAUUCUGACGGUAACGGAGGACAUGGCAUCGUCCCCCUUUGAUGCUUUACUUACUAGAGUAUCAUCAUGGCUGCGACUGAUUCGAAUCAUCGCAUACGUCCGGCGCUUUGUACAUCGCGUCCGAUCAAGAAACUCACUUCAUUCAGCAGCCUUGACAUUCCACGAAAUUGACGCAGCACGAAAGUUUUGUCUAGGGCAAGCACAAAACGCAUUUGUUGUUGAUCGGCAGCGCUUGUUGAAGAAGCAACCGCUGCAGCACCGUUCCAAGUUGAGCAAGCUAGCUCCAUUUGUUGACCAGGAUGGCCUUAUUCGAGUUGGAGGACGCUUAGAAAACUCUUACCUAUCUAGAGAUGCCAAACACCCAAUUGUACUACCUAACCAUCAUCGACUAGUUGAGCUGUUACUGAAGCAUGAGCAUCAGUUCAACCUUCAUCCUGGAGUUUCGGCAAUGUUUGCUAUAAUUCGUCAGAAGUACUGGAUACUUGGAUCCAGAAACCUCAUCCGACGAAUCACGCAUGAAUGUCUAAACUGUUUCAAGCAGCGUCAUCAUACUACACAACAGCUUAUGGCUAACUUACCUGCCACUCGCGUGCGGCAGGCCUUUACAUUCGAGCACAUUGGAGUCGAUUAUGCUGGACCUAUCUUGCUAAAGGUACACAAGGGACGCAACCCGCGUAAAGAGAAGGGCUACAUUUGUCUCUUUGUAUGCAUGGUGACAUCAGCACUUCAUCUAGAAUUGGCAACUGACCUAAGCACAGACACCUUUCUGGCAGCCCUCAGACGUUUUAUGGCCCGCCGUGGGAAGCCUGCCGAAAUGUAUAGCGACAAUGGACGUAACUUCGUCGGUGCUAAGCGCACAUUAAAUGAGAUGUCACAACUUCAUACUUCACGCGAGCAUAAUGAAGUGGUAGCGAGGAAAUUGGCGGAGCAAAGCAUCAAGUGGAAUUUCAUCCCACCAUAUACUCCACAUUGGGGUGGAAAAUGGGAGUCUGCUGUACGUUCCGUGAAGCUACACUUGCGACGAGUGAUCGGAAAUACAGUGAUUACAUUUGAACAGAUGCGCACUCUGCUUACACAAAUAGAAGCAGUCGUGAACUCCCGUCCAUUAUGCGCAACUUCGGACACAGAAAUUGGAUUCUUGUCACCAGCACAUUUUCUGAUCGGACGGACGUACACUGCAGUUCCAGAUGGGAGCUACGCAGAGGUACCAACCAAUCGCUUGGGAUAUUGGCAACAUACUCAGGCAAUGCUUCAAGGAUUUUGGAAGCGUUGGCAGCAGGAAUACUUAACGGCAUUGCAGCAACGACCCAAAUGGUCUACCAAGAUGCCUAACAUAUCCCUUGGAGACAUUGUACUCAUCAAGGAUUCGCAUACGCUUCCAGCAACAUAGAACUUAGGACGCGUAAUCGAAGUGUACCCAGGAGAGGAUGGAUUAGUACGGGCAGUUAAACUCAAGGUCGUUUCUGGAGAGAUUAUACGACCAAUCACGAAGAUAGCAGCUCUACCACAUUCUGAAACGGAGUUUCAGGGGGGGCCGGGAUGUUGAGAAACCAUUUGUCAUUUUUUUGCACAUUUAUCAUUUUUUAGCAUAUUUGUCAUUUUUUAGCAUAAUUUGUAGCUUUCAUUAUUAUCGGCGAAUGAAGAGCCGCAUCGAGAUCAAUUAUCGGUUAAGUCGAUUAACUUAUGUUAGUAUUCAGUAAGCAAACGAACGGACAAGUUGAGCGUACCAGCAAUUGGCUGUUAUAGUUCAUAUAAAAUAAAGAAAUGUUUAAUUAUUCA